AGAGUUCAUGAGACUCUCAGUGUUGGUUGUGUGACUGGUUGAGGUGGAACUGUUGCUGCCUUCAUUCCUCGCUCCCACUUUCGCGGUGCGCCGUGUCAGGAGGAACAGUGAUAGAGCAUUUCCUGCCCAAUCAAUUUCCCACCCUCGUAUCUGUACAGCUGUAUUGAAUUUUCCAAUUUGUCCCUCGUCGCCGAUCGCGCGCGCCCUUAUCAGUCAGUGCUAUCGCCAGAGAUACACAAAGCCGAUGAGACUUCCAUCAUGCCCAGUGACUCACCUGAAAUAAUAAGUGGGAUUUUGGUAUCCAGUGUGCUCUCUGGCUGAUAUUGACUCACACGACAUCGAACGAGUGAGAAUGUGUGGAGAAAAGUGCAAUUACAUCUCGAGACAUUGAAGCUUUAAAUUUAACAACACAUUUAACAUCAGUUUCUAAUCAAUAUAGUAUUUAUCGUUACAUUGUUCUCUAUAUUCUACACCUAUAAAGAGAAUUUGCGUGCGAACUUCUUUCAACCUUCAUCUUGUGCCUGUUUGUGGAAAAUUUCGACUCUCUCGAACUUGUGUACGAUUUUGCACAAUUAUCUCACAUUUCGCACUGGCCAAAAAUGUGCUGGAAAAAAGACCAGCGAAAGAUUGAGUAAUCCCGAUACUCUGGAGAAAUCGAUAAAAAUACAGUGUGCCACAAUCAAUAAAACAGUGGUUGAAAGUGACAAAAAGUGGAUUUUCCCCGUAAAUUUAUUUACAAACAUGAGCAUCACUGCUUAUUAAUCUGGAAUUUUUGCCCUGUGGCUUUGGAGAGUGUGAAGAAAAAGAGAAAAUUAUGUGAUUUCGUGUCCAAGAGUGAUAAAAAUUGAGUAUUUUCAACGACUCUUCUUCACAAUUUUAUGCCACGGAAUCCAUAAAUCAUCAACCACUCACGAGUGCGAAAAGUGAUGGCAACGGCAGCUAAGAAGACCAAACCAACCCUCGAGGAUUACAUAUUCGACAUGGAGACGAGGCCGCCAGACAACGGCAAGGCGUCAGAGGGUGAUCUCUGGACGCAAUUGCAGCAGAAGGAGGCCGACCUGGUCCUGGCCGCCGAGCUGGGCAAGGCGCUGCUGGAGAAGAACGAAGAGCUGGCCAAGCAACAGGAGAAAAUCAUUGAGGAGUACUCGACUAAGCUUGAGAACUUGGAGCAGGAGAAGCAUGUGUUGCGUCGGAAGCUGUCCAUGGCGCAGAGUGACGGCGAUCAGCGGGUGCUGGAGCUGCAGGCGGAUCUCAAGGAGUUCCAGACCAAAUUGGAGGCACAGGAGCAGAAUGUGAGGCAGGCGGAGCGCGAGAAGACCCUCCUGAUUGAGGAGCUCACAGCACAGAAUGCCCGACUGACGUCGCAAUUGCAAGAGGCGAAUCACCUCGAAGCCCAGCUCACGGCACAAUUGCAGGAAGUGCGAGAUCAGUACAGUUUGCGCAACACGAGCUUACAGGAUCACGUGAGCAGCCUCGAGAGUCUCAAGGAUGAGCUUCGCCUGGUGGCGGAGAAGAAGAGCGAGCUGGAGAAGCGAUUGCAGGCGUGUGUGCGCGAGAGGGACGCUCUGAAUGCCGCCCUCGAGGAGGCCUCCGACCGGAUACACUCGCUGGAGCGACAUGCGAGAGAGCAGGAGACAAAAUUGCAGACCACCAUUCGGACGCUGGAUCGCCUCCAGAGGGAGAACAACACGCUGACGGAGCGGCUCGAGUAUGCGGGCAAUCAGGGAUCGCCAAAGUCCACGCAGGGGCCGCGCUCACUGCUCGCCGAGAUGGAGUGCGAGGAGGAGCUGGACGCCACCACGGAGGAUCACCAGAACAAUCAGCAUCACCUGCAUCCCAUCGUCAUGGAGGCAAAGGCUGUUUACAAGCAACUCAAGGCUCUCUGCGGCACUCUCAAGAGCACCCACGAUGACGAUUCCGGUCUGCAUUCGGACUUGUCGCUGGGCUCCAUGGACAACACAAUCUCCUCCCAGCCAUCGGACUUCGGGCUGACUGGCGCCUCAGACAAAGAGCCCUUCCGGCAGGGAAUGCUCUCCGCCACGGCGGACGAUCUCAUGAGGAGCAUCAUGGCCCUGGACUCUGUGCACUUCAAGGCGAUGCUGGAUCAGGCGAGGACCACCAACUCCGACCAGGAGGACGAGCUGCGGCGGCGGCAAGACAUCAUCAUGGAGCUGGAGAGCAAAUUGUCCGUUCUGGAAGUGGAGCUGAGCAGCGCGCUGGAAGAGAGAGAUCAGGCGCGAAAGGAUGCCAGCCAGAGCUCUCUGGCGCAAGAUGAAGCCGUGGCUCAGGCGAGACUGGACAGAGACAACGCCGUGUCGAGGAGGACGAAGGCAGAGGUGGAUCUGGCGAAGACGCGCGUGGAAUUGAUGCAGGCCAACGGUCAACUUCUGGAGGCCAUCCAGCAGAAAGUGGAGCUGUCGCAGCAACUGGAGCAGUGGCAGAUGGACAUGCAUGAGUUGAUUGAGGAGCAGAUGAAGAUGAAGCUGAACGAGACGAACAGGAGCAAACAGAGCAAAGACGCUCCUCCAGUGCCUAAGAGAACAUACAGAAUCCUGAGCCUGUUCCAGCGAUGA